AUGAGUGAUAAAGGUGAAGUAGAUAAGGAUACUAUGAAAAAAAAUUGUGGAGUGUAUGAAAUUAGAAAUAAUGAAGAAAAUGAACAAGUAAAUUAUAUAACAAAUGAAGGAGAAUCUUCUAAUGAUGGUAAUAAUGAAGUUAUGAAUUUAAAGAAUGAAGAUAGUAAUGAUAAUAUAUCAUAUAAUAUGUUAAAUGGAAAUAAUAUUGAUAUAGAAAAUAUUAAUAAGAAUUAUGUAUAUGAUAAAGAUAUUGAAAAUAGAGAUACAUACGAUAAUAGUAAUAAUAUAUCAAAUAGAUUGGAUGAUAUACAUAACAAGACAGAAGAUAUAUCGAUGAAUGAAAAUAAGAAUGUAAAUAACAAUAUUUCUAAUGCGGAAGAAAAUAUAUAUCCUUGCACUUAUAACACUGUUGUUGAAAAUAACGCUUAUAUGAAAAACAUAGAUAUUAUUAAUACUAUUGAAAAUGUUCAAGAUAAUAGUAUAAAAAAUGAUGUGUAUAAUGAAAAUGAUAAUAUCAUUAAUGAUUUAUAUGUUGAUAAUGAAAAUUGGGAGAAUAAAAAUUAUGAACAUAUGAGUGAGAAAAUAAUGGAUUCUGUUAGAUUUGAUAAGACCAAUGAAAUUUCUGAAUUCAACAAGACAUUGGAUACUUCUAAAGAUACAGAAGAUAUAAAUGUUGUAAAUAAAAAAUUAAAUGUUGAAUCGAAUAAAGAUAAUAUAAUUAGUCAUAUUGAUAAUAUGGAAAAUAUUGAAAAUAUUGAUAAUAUGGAUAAUAAUGACAAUAAUGAUAAUAUUGACAAUAAUGAUAAUAUUGAAAAUGGUGAAAAUGUUGAUAAUAAUAUUAUUGAAAAACAGUCAAGGAAGAGAAAGAAAAAUAAACUGUCAGGUAAGAAAAAUUUAUUAAAUAAUGAAACAUAUGAUAAUAAAGAAAAUUAUGAUAAUGUUCUUGUUGGAAAUAAUUAUAUGAAUACAAAUGAUGAGAUUAAUAAAGUUCUACAAAAUAUACAUUUAUUAAAAGCACUUAAUACUAAUGAUGAGAAUGUUAAUACAUUAAAUAUGGAUAUGCUAAACAAAUCUAAUGAGCAUAAUGAUAAUAAUGAAAUUUCAAAACAGCUUUUAGAUAAUAUCAUAUUAUUAAAUUCUCUGAGUAAAUAUAUGAACAAGGAUGAUUUAAAUAAACAAGUUAAAGAAAAAAUGAAAAAUCGUAAUUCAAAAAAAAAGAUGACUCAUGAAGGUACACAAUUAAAUAAAAUUAAUAAAGAACAAAAUGAUAAUAUCCUAAAUGAAAAUAAUAUGGAUGAUGAUAAUAAUGAUCAACAUUUUAAAUUAUCUGAUAAUGAUAAUAAUAUGAUGAAUCCUCUUGGUCUAUUAAAUAACGCCUAUGGAGAAAUGUUAUCUUUAAAUUGUAGCAAUAAUAUGAAUUACCACAAUAAUAAUAAUAUUAAUAUAUGUAAUAAUAAGAAGAAUAAAAAAAAUACCAAGAAACAAACAGUUCUUUGUGCAAAAAAUAAUAAAGCUAUUUUAGAAAAUGAAGAUAAUAACAAAAUGAAUGAUAUUAAAAAUAGAAUUUUUGAAUUAACCACAAAUAAAUUUAAUACUCUUAAUGAGACAAAUAUUGAAGAUAUACAAAAAAAGAUUCUCUUAGAAAAUGGAUUAUUAUAUUCUUCAGAUAUGAUGAAUGGAACUGAUUCUGAAGGAAAUAAUAUGUUAUACAAUAAUUUUGAUAAGGACACUUUAUUAUUAAUUAAUCAAAUGAAGGAAGAAGAAAAAAAUGCCUUGAGAAAUUAUUUAAUGAAUGAUGCUAAUAAUAAAAUAGGAAUGGGUGGUCGCAUAGUGAGUAAAAGAAAAAAACAAGGAAGCAACCAAAUUAACAGUAAUAAUAAUAUGAAUAACUUGAAUGAUUUGAGCAACAAUUUCGAAAUGAAAAAUAAUCAAGAAUAUGUUGGCGAUAAUAAUGUGGCAACUUCAAAUGAUAACUCGAACAAUAAUAAUAAUAAUAUCAAUAUGUCGAAAAAGAAAAAAAAAAUAAAUAAUAUGAUGGAUGAUAAAACUCAAGAUUUGUUGGAUUAUAAAAAUAGUACUAAUAUUCUGAAUAAUGUACUAAACAAUAAUGAGGAAGAAGUUAGAAAACUCAGCAUGAAUAUAUUAAAAAAUAAUGCUAACAGUUAUACUAAUGAAGAAGAGCAAAUCAAAGCUUUAAUUAAUAAUGUAGGUUAUAUUAAUCAACAUAAUAAUAAUAUUAUGAAUAAUGUUCAAAAUAUAAUUAAUUUAAAUAGAGGGAAAGAUAAUUCAUUAAAUGAAUUUUCUACAGUUAAUGAUUAUAUUGCUAAUGUAUAUGAAUCUGCUCAGAAGGAUUAUUUACAUAACGAUAAGAAUAAUAAGAAUAAUAAGAAUAAAAAUAAUACGCAUAUGGAUAAUCCUUUGGCUUCCAAUUUGAUCAAUAUAAAUCAUGAGGAGCAAAUAAAUUUUGUAAAUAAGUUAAAUAUGCUUAUGAAUGAAGGAGAUAUUAAUAAGAAGGAAUUGUUGGAAGCAUAUAUGAGAAAAUAUAACAACAACAACAUCAAUGAUAGUAAUAAUAAUAAUAAUAAUAAUAACUUGCAAACGUUAAAUAAUCAACAAAAUAUAUUAAGCAAUGAACAGGAUAAUAUAUCAUUAUCAUUAGAAGAAAAAAAUUUAUCUUACAAUGAUGUGCUAGUCAAUUUGAAAAGAAGAAAUGUGCUAGAAGAAUUACCUUUUAAUUUUAUUAAACAAAAGAAUGAUGGUGUUAAAAAUACGAUGAAUGACUCCUCAGAUAAAAAAGUUGAUAUACUUUUGGAUCAAGAAUUUAAAGAGGGAAAUAAGAAACAGGAUAAACUUAAUUCUUAUGAUGAGGAAAAGAUUAAUUAUGAAAUUGAAAAAAAUGAAAAUGAUGAAGAGGAAGAAGAAAAAUAUAACCAGAAUUAUGUGACGAACGAAGAUAGAAAUGAUGAUGAGGUGGAUGAUCGUGAUGAUGAUGAUAAUAAUGAUAAUGACAAUUAUAAUAAUAAUAAUAAUAAUAAUCGUAGUAAUCUUAAAAAUUGUGAUAAAAAUAACAACACAAAUGGCAAUAAUAUUUCGAGUGAAGAAAUGGAACAUAAUAAUGAUAGUAAGAAUAAUGAUGAAAAAGAGAAUGGAAAUUAUUUUAAAGAAUGGUAUAAGAAUGUUAGUGAUCAAGUGAGAAAAUUAUUAUUAGAAGGUGGUACCAGUAAAAAUGGAUUUAGUGAAAAUGAAAAAAAUAAAUUAUUAUUAAAUAUAGCAAAAGAAUAUAUAUUAAAAAAUAAUGUAAAUGAGAAAAAAAAAAAAACAUACACAAAGAAUAAAAAUGAAUUAAAUUCAAAUGUUGAAAAUCAUAAUGUGUUUUCUGAUCAAUAUGAUGAUAUAAAUAAUGUACUUUUAAAUAUGCAAAAUGGAAAUAUAAAUGAUAUUGCAAAUAAAAAUAUAAUAAAUUAUGAAGAUAAUAGUACUUUAAUACAUCCUACUAUAGCAAGUACUCGUUUUGAUAUAACUCAUGAAAACCCUAGAGAACAUAUUAAAAGUGAGUGCAGUAGUACUACCAAUAAUAAUUAUAAUAAUAAUAAUAAUUAUAAUAAUAAUAGUAAUUAUAAUAAUUAUUUGGAUUAUAUUAAAAGAAUAACAAAAAAUGAUAAUCAAAAUGAGAAUUUUUUAAAUAUUUUUGAGAAUUCAAAAAAAUAUAAAAAAAAAAAUCUUUCAAAUACAUCUCUUAAUUCUUUAAAUAAUGAUAUAAAUGAAAUAAACGAAAUAUUAAAUGAAAAAUUUGAAAACAAUGAAUCUUUUGACAAAUAUGAAAAUUCUCAACAGCAAAUGAUGAAAAAUAAAUAUAACAGCAAUAUUAAUAUAAGUAAUAAUAAUAUUCAUAAUGAUGAGGAAGAGAUGAAUACUUUGUGUAAUUCAAACUAUCAAGUGAAUAUAAAAAAUGAAGUAAAGGAAGAAAAAGUGAAAGAAAGAAAAGUGAGAAAAUCUCGAAAAAAUCAAAAUUAUGUUGAUGAUAAAAAAAAAAAAAAAAAUAAAGAUAAUAAUUUAAAUAAUGGUGAUAAUAAUACACACGAUAAUAUAUAUUAUGAUCAAAUCAAAACUCUUCAAGAAUUACAUUAUCAAAAUGCAAUUGUUAAUAGUUUGAUGAAUGGGAACAACAUUGAUGUGUGUAAUAUGAAUAAUAACAGUAAGGAUAUAUUUAAAAAGAAGAAAAAUGAUGAUAAUGAAUAUAUAAAUUAUAAAGAACUAAAUAAUGAUGAAAGAAAAAGAAAAAUGAAAGAUAAUAAUAAGAGUAAUAAAAUGGAUAAGAAGAAAAAAGAUGAAGAAUUUUUUAAUCAUAUUAAUGUAUUAAAGAUAGGAGAUAAUGACAUACCACAUAAUAAUAAUAAUAAUGAUGAUAAUAAUAAUAAUAAUAAUAAUAAUAUUAUUAUUAGUAAUGAUGAUCAUAAAUUUACACAUAAUAUAAAUGCACUAAACAAUAAUGAAGAAAAAAUAAAUAUACCAUAUAACUCAAAUGAACACAAAAUUAAUAUUAUUAUCGAUGAAUCUCAUUUUAGUGGAAAAGAAAAAGAAUUAUUAAUAAAAGGAAAAGAAACAUUAUUAUUAGAAGGUAUGAAUGAUGAUAAAGUAGAUGAUGAUAUUGAGAAUAUCGAUAUGACUAGAAAUAUUAAAAAAAUUAAUUUAUAUAAUAUGUAUAACAAGAAUGAAGAUAAAGAUAAUGUUUUAGAUAAUGAAAAUAAAGAAGGAUUAUAUUUAUGUGAUGUAAUGAAAAAUAAUAAUGAAUUAAAAAGAAUUAAUGAUAACUUUUUUAAAUUACAUUCUAAUUUGGCUAGUAAUUUAUUAAGUACAAGUACCAGUGGUAGUUUUACAAAUGAUAAUUAUAAAAGUACACCACUUAAUUUUGAUAUGAAUAAAUUACCUUCUAAUAAUACACCAUUUAAUAAUAUAUACCACAUGGAUGAAAAUAUGAUCACAAAUAAUAAUAUAAAUAUUAUUCCAUUGGUGAAUAAAAAUUAUAAUGGUGAUAUUAUUACUUCUUCAUAUGAUAUUAAAAAAAAGAAUGUACCUAAAAAUAAGAAGAAAAAUAAAAACCAUAUUAAUGAUAAUAAUAUAAUAAAUGUAGAUUAUAAUAUAAAAGGUGUUGUUGAUGAUAUUAAUAAUGUUAAUAGUAAUAUGAUUAAUGUAAAAAAUAUGAAUAGUAAUGAUGAGAAACCUACCAAUAGCACAGAAAAUAUUUUCCCUAGUAACAGUACUAAUAUAAAUGAUAGCAAUAUUGUUAAAGUAGUAGAUAGUCAUGAUUCUAUAAAUAAUGAUGAGGAAGAUUUAGUUAAUGCAUUAAACACUAUAAAAGCUGAUAAAAACAAUGGAGAAAAUAAUAAUAACUAUUCUAUUUUAGAUAGUAAUGAUGUAAUGAUUAAAAACCUUAUGAUUAAAAAUAACUUAUUAUUUGAACAUUUACAAAAGAAUGGUAAAUUUAAUAAGGAUCCAAAUAUAAAAAAUGCAUCACAAAGUUCCUUACAAAGUAAUAUAAUUCGUAACCUUACUUUAUCAAAUAAUUUUCAAAAUGAUUAUAUUUAUAAUGAUAUUAAAAAUGUUUCUUGGAAUAAUAUAAUGGACAAUAAAGAAAAAAAAAUGAUGAACAACAGUUAUGAUGAACAACAACUUAAAGAAAAGGUAGCUAAUUUGAAUGAACAAAAUGAAGAUAUUCUAAACAAAAAAAUGUUAUUUAAAAAUAAAAGUUAUAGUGAUAAUGAUAACUUCUUAAGCUUAUAUUUAAAGAGAAAUGUAUCAUCCUUUUCAGAUUAUAAUAAAGAAUCAGAUAAUAAUUCCUACUUAACUAAACAAAAGAGGAAAAGAAAAAAUGAAAAUAUAAAUUAUGAUAAGAAUAAAGAAUUUUUAGUUAAUCGAACUAAUAGUUUAAAUAUUAAAAGAGUUAGAAGUGGACCAAUAGAAAAUUCACAAAAUGUAUCACACAGUAGUAAUGAUCCUAAAUAUGAAGGUGCAAAAGAAAUUAUAGAUGUAGAUGUAUUAGAUGGAAAUAUGAAUAGUAAUAAUAGUUAUAAUAUUAAAGGAGAUGAUAAUAUAAUUAGUUCAAAUUUUACCGAACCCAUAAAAUUUACAGAAACAUCUUUUGAUGUACAAAAAGAAAGUUUAAAGAAAGAAUCGAAUGAAAAUCAAACAGUUCUUAAAGAGAAAGAUGAAAAUUUGGUAGAUGUAAAAGAUGAUAAAACAAAUCAAUUAUCUAAUGUAACAACUAUUGGAACAUCUAAUUUAGCUGAAUCUACAACAAAAAAUGAAAUUGAUAUAAAAGUAUGUACUUUAAUAAAUUGCCCAACACAUAAUCCACAAAAUUAUGUAAAGAGUAAUGGUAAAAAAGGAGAGUCAUUAGGAGAUGGUACAGAAUUAAAGGAAGAAAAUGAUGAUUUAAAAAGAAUUCCAGGGGUAUAUUAUGAUAAGAAUUCACAAAGAUGGUUUGGUGAACAUAAAAUAAAUGGUGUCAAAUGUGCACAAAGUUUUGCUGUUAAAAAACAUGGAUGUGAAGAAGCUAAACGUUUAGCAAUAGAGUGGAAAAAAGCAAGAAUUCGAGGAGAAGUAUGGGAUAGAUUUAUUAACAAGAAAAAGAAAAAUACAAAUAACAACAACAACAACAACAAUAAUAAUAAUAAUAAUAAUACUAACAAUAAUAAUAAUAAUAACAACAACAAUAACAAUAAUAACAAUAAUAAUAAUAAUAGUAAUAAUAGUGGAUCCAAUAGUAAUAAUAAUAAUAAUAACAACAACAAUAAUAAUAAUAAUAACAAUAACAAUAAUAAUAGUAAUAAUAGUGGAUCCAAUAGUAAUAAUAAUUCUUUGAAAGGAUCUAAGUCAAAUAGACCAUCUGUUGAAGAAUUAAGAUUAAAAUAUUUAUCCAUGAGUAAAAAUAUGCCAAAAGUUAGAGGAGUGUGGUUUAAUUCUACACCUCAAAGAAUGGGAUGGGUUGGUCAAGCAUAUAAAAAAUGUAAAAGAAUCGAAAGAAUUUUUUCUGUUAAUAAAUAUGGUUUUGAAGGAGCAAGGAAAUUAGCUAUUGCUUUUCGCAAUUCUCAAAAACCUGCGAAUGAAGAUAGUGAUGAUGAUAGUUGGUCAAAAGAAGAUAAAAUGAAUAUGAAAAAUUGUGAUGAGAAUUCAAAUAACUAUGAUUAUAAGAAUAACUUCUUAGUUUCUAUGAAUGCAAUAAAAAAUAAUGCAAACAAUUUAAUGAGUAAUGAUAAUAAUAAUAUAAAUAAUCAUAGUAAUAAUAGUAGUACUGAUCAUAAUCAUCACUUAGAUAAUAAUUUAGAAGGUCAAAUGGAAAAUAAUACAGAUAUUAAUAUGGAUAGUAAUAUAGAUAAUGAUAUUGAUAUGCAUAAUAUAGAUAAAAAAAAUAUUAUUAAUAAACAUAAUAAUCAUGAUGAAAAUAAUAAAGAUAUGAGAAUUAAUUUAUGUAGAGAUGCUAUAUUAUUCAUUUUACAUGAUCUUGAAACUAUAUUAGAAUUAAAUAUACCUAUGCUUAGUAAAAAUGUUAAUAUGUAUAAAUUAUGUAUAAAACAUCAUUUAAAUUAUUUAACCUUAAUAAAAAAUGAAGAACAAAUCAUACCUUAUCUAAAUGUAUUUGGUGAUUAUAUACAAAGAUGUAUUCUACCUACCGAUCUACCUUAUGCUGAAUUAUAUGUAUUAAUUGAUUCAUUGAUUCAUAAUGAAAUAUUACCAUCUUAUGAUCAUAAGGAAAAUUUCUGUGAAUAUGUAGCCGUCGAAGAUCCCGGAAUUAUAACACCAUCCAUGUUAUUAUAA